AUGGCGUCCGAUGUAGCCUCCGAGAAGCUCUCCGGCAAUCUACGCAAAACCUUUGUGGAGUCAAUAUUAAACGACUUGAUUGAGCCAGGAAUUCCACCACUGGGAAUUUCCAAAACUCCAUCCAAUAUUUCUUUCGACGAACCAGAUAAUAGCAGUAUUGCGUAUUUUGCCGUCAAAGACCAAUCGCUCACCGGGCCCAAUAAUGCUCCAUAUACGACAACCUGUAUUCUCGACCCACUCAUUACAGUCGAGCGACAUCACGGAAAAUACCAUAUCACAGCGAGGUUCAACAUCGAAACAACUAUUAUUGGCUAUAAUCUGCAUAGAAGGGAAGGCCAUGAACUGUUUUUCCAAGAUAUCUGUCUCCAGUAUAUAAGCUCUUCUAAUGAUGAGGAUCUUAUUGCUGAACCACAGUCAGAUCCAUCUUCCGCAUUCACUGUGACUAGAUCUUCCAAUACGACAGUCUCCGGCAAUGUUGGCGUGUCGCAGUCCGGCGUGCCAUCCGCCAAUAUCUCGCUGGGUAUCUCGCGCUCGAGAGAAUGCACAGUAGAGCGCACCGUGAAUACAUGGAGUGUGAGUACUCACCGCAUUGUCUCAGAAAAUGGAAAGCGGCGUCAAAAGCUCAACAUCCCGCGGUAUCAAUGGUUUUGGGCCACAAAUUACAGAGACAUCUCAGCACUAACUCCCGAUCUGACGCACACUGUCAAGCGACAUGUUAUGCUAAAGCGCAUAAUACCUAUUCACACCUUCCCGAUCAACAGGCUUGAAAGUGCGAGAGAUGUUUUACGAAUAACGGCAUGGAAAGAAAAAAUAGAACACUCAGAUACACCAGAAGAACUGAAAUUAGCGCAAAUUUCGUUGCACAAACGACAGAAUCGGGCGUGGGAGGAACUGCUAGCCGACUGGCGAAAUGAACGCCGAAUGUCAUUGGAGUCCCUUCUUGAAUUCAAGUUCUGUAUCCAGGUACAGUAUCAACAUCAAACUUCUUCCAAAGAUUUUACUCGACUGGUACCUAAUGCAUACGGCAAUAGAAACAAAGCAAAACUCUUAGAACCUACAUACAGAGAGAAAUUCCGCCUUCGACCAGCCUUCACACAAGAUUUCAAACCUCAUCAUAACCAUUUAUCUGAAGAGCGUGCUCAACGACCCUACAAUUUCCCGAGUGAGAGAUAUCUUCAAAAUAUUGUCCGCAUUCCUUUAGCGACUACUUGUGAUCUUCGUGAUGUCCUUGCGAAAGUGAAGAGUAAAUACGAUGGAAGAUGGGAUGAGCUACAAAGUAAGGAGUGGGUGGAUCUUCUUCGAGAAGAGACUGGACUCGAAGUGCGAGAGGCAGAUACGGUAGAUUCAAUGGCAGAAGAGACUGCCCAGGAAACUACACAGGAGACUGAACAGGAGAUAGCAGUGGAAAUGCAAGAGGAUAUGGAACAGGAUAUGGAAGAAGAGAUGGAAUUUAUGGUAGAAGAUCAAUAA